AAUGUGUCCCGUAGGGAGAAUAUUUUCCUUCAGCUCAGGAAUUACCUUCGAAUGUUUUGUGGUGUAUAUCUAGGGAUGCAUUUUCUAUGGUUUGUGGGACAUAGGUUCUCACAGAUCACUACUUCAAAAUCCUUGCCUUUAAAGCAAGGAAUGAGUGAAAAGGUGGAUAUUUUAGGCACUCUAGACCAGGCUGAUAACAUGCUCCCAGGUGCAUUUCCUUGUUCUCUUUCCCCUUUAUCGCCCCUUGUGCUGCUGGUUGUGCAAGUACCUGAUAUCCUCGGGAGGGAGAAGGGUAAAAUGGAGGAACUCUGGGUUCCUCAUUGAUCACAUGAAGUACUUUAGUCUCCAAUCUAAACACACACCCAGCUCUGUCAUGUGAGGAAAUCUAUGGGGACAUGCUUUUUGAAAUGUGGUGCGUUCUCUGGUAAUUCAGCAUAACCUAACACACGUACGAAAUGUUAGCCCGCAAGAUAACUUAGAGAUCAGUCUAGUUCCAUGAAAAUUGGCUGUUUCAGUCAGUAGGGCAUGAGACUCUUGAUCUUGGAGUGUGAUUUCACACCCCAAAUUACGACUAGAGUGGACUCAACAGAUAUACGAUAAAAUAAGUAUUGGAAAAUGACCCAGGUAAAUUAGGCUACAAUGACUGAGCUGCUAAUUGGUGGGUGGGAUCCCUUUACCUCCUCAGUCAGCCCCCAGGAAUGAGCAUCUGAGCAUUCACAUAGUGCCAGUGCUGGUAAGGCAGCCACAUCUUCCCUCUAGGAGUUCAAGGACUAGCCAGGAAGAUGGAAAGAACAUGAAACAUAAAUGGGAAUGACAAGAGCAAGGACUCCAUAGAAAAAUUCAAGGUGCGACAACUGGGUCCUGAGCUCCACCAGGGGAGGGUCUGACAAGGCUGUGCUGAGGAAACGUUAUUAUUUCCUGCCGCAGUGCAAGAACGAGUCAGCCCUGCACUAGUCCGAGGGUAUGGACCCUGUCAGAAGGCACAGUGUGGCGGACACUCGGAGCCAGGGGUGGUUGUUUCAGAGGGGACGUGUGAAAGGAGACCAGGGAGACCGGAAAGAGCUACGGAGGACAGCAGAGAGGGAGGGUGAGGAGGGCCAGGGCCUGGGGCAGGAGGACGUUGUCACUACUCUGCUCUAGUGCCGUGGGACAAUAUUCCCCCACCCUUAGUGGCUUCCCCAUAAACUUCCCCCCUCACAGGCCCAGGGGACCAGGAAUUCAGCAGGGCUCAGCUGAGCGCUCAUGCCAGAGCCUCUCAGGAGGUUGGGGAUGCUGUCAUCACUCAGAUAGAACCUGAUUCACUCAACCCCUGAGCUCACUUCAGGGUGGUGGCAGGAUUCAGUCAACAUCGAGUGCCAUAGUUCUUCCCUGUCUGUUGUUGUCUCUCAGGGCUAGGCUGUGUGUACCGGUCUGUGUCACGACUCAACAUGAGGGUUGGUCCCUACUGUGAGGAGCUGAGAGACAACACAGAGAGUGACAGUGAGCACGUGGCCGUGCCAUGCACAUUUUAUCACCUAAACUUGUUUGGUCUGGGGUCACGGUGCCAUCUGCUUUGCAACAGAAAUCAAACACUACGUCCAUACCACACUCCAGGAAGGAAAUCCCACAAGGAUGUGUUGACAGGAUGUGGGCAUCCCAGGGAGCCACUGAGAGGAGGAGAAAGUGAAGACCCUGCUAGGGUCAGUGCCUUGCCCAGAAUCACAGACGGGUAGAAAGUCAGAACCAGGCAUGACCCCAAGUUCAUGUCCUGAAAAUGGGGUCCUGGAUUUGACCCAGGAUUUCGGAGGGGGUCUGGAAAAGGGUGUGUUACUGUCACUGGGUGCAGACAUGGAAGUGGCGUGGGGAUGAGGCUGAAGAGGAGCGUCACAGAAGACAUCCCAGCACGUUCUUCCCUGAGGAAGACCCCCAGGCCAAGGCAACCCACUGAGUGCCACCCUGUCCCCAUUGUAUGUACCCAGUGGAAAGGCAGGGAAUGGCUCGUGGCACACUACUGACAAAGUCUACGUAAAAGAGAGUUCUGUCCUCCUAGGCCCCAACUCCAAUCCCUUCUGUCGGGAUUGCUUUAGAAAGUAGAGAACCUAAGCUCCUAGGAAAUGUUGGGCCAUCCUUCCCUAGGUGGGCAUGUGACCUUCUGGGACCCCAGACAACAAGCACUGGUAAACACACAUACACACACACACUCACGCACAUACGCACACCCGGGAGGACUGCGGGCUGGGAUCAGAGGAGCAGCAGAAUCAGAGGAGGUGAGAAGUUGAAGUCAAUGUGGUUGGAUAAACUUCCAACAGGUGACACCGCUGCUCCAAUUUCACAGGUAUCAUCCCACAUAUGCCUGAGGACAUCCUGAGGACAUCCUGAGGACAUGCUAGAAUGAUCUCCAUUGGGCGGAAAAGACACGGACCAUCCCUGAGAAGCACACUCGCGAAUCUGGGACCAGAAAGAGGUAAGAAAGAAGAGUUCUGUCUCAACCCAGAUAGGUCUCACAGCUGGGACCCUGGCUGCCCCCAGAGCUUCUCAGGGGACUGUGGAGAGGAGUGCAUUGGUGGAACUGUGUACCGAUGUGACAUUUCAUGGAGAAUGGGGGUGAGCAGUCAGCAAAGAGAGGACUAUUUGCAAAGGUGUUAUCCCAGAGGGGGACUCAGGAGGUGGAUCCUAGGCAGUGACAUCACUUUGCUCACAAUAGGCCCCAGGAAAGCUUGGAACUCCUGUAACCUGGCACCCAUGUUCUAAGAAGGUCCCAUACCAGGCUCACUUGCCUACAGACACAGAGACUUUAGGAUGUUCUCUUGUUGUUUUCCCAGGUACCGGGGCUCUGGAUGCCAGAAACCCCAGUGCGCAGGAUUACUCAGAUGUUGGAGAGGUAUCCUUAACCCACGCUGGCGAUGCCUCAGGAUGUUUUCCAGGAGGUCACAUAAGGGUAUGAACAUCUCACCCAUGCCUGACAAUGAGAACCAUGAGGAAGGGACCAUCGAAGGAGGCUGGAUGCUACUGGAACAGCGAGUGGAGCACCUGGUACCUGCUUUCCUGGGUAGAGACCCCUCCUACCUCUUCACAUUCUUGAGCACGUACAGAGCUUUUGCUACCACCGAGCAGGUCCUAGACAUACUGUUUAUGAGAUACGGAUGCUUCCAUUCGGAGGCUGAGGAGGAUGGCGGACCCCGGGAGCAGGAGAAACGGGCCAUCUCCUCCAUCCUGGGCACCUGGCUGGAUCACUACCCCGAGGACUUUUUCCGGCCUCCAGAUUUCACCAGCUUGAAGCUGCUGCGGGCGUUUGUAGGGGUCCACAUGCCGGGCUCCGAGCUGCAGCGCCGCGCCCGCCUUCUCUACUCAUGGCGGAAACACCCCAUGGCACCAGCUCCAGAGCCACGUUCAGACGUCCCUCAGGAGCGAGCCCCCGCUAUCUCUGUGGUGCCCACUGCAGCCACGCAGCCCAGGCUGCCUGAAGCCACUAGUUCUCUUGGAGCUCAGCGCGUACGAGAAUCGGAGACCCUCACUGCAGCGUCCCCAACAGGGCAGGAGGUACUCCCAGCUCUGGCUGACAGUCAGGAGCUGGAAGAGCCACCUGCCCCUUUGGUGGCCCCAGAGCAUGAGCAGCCCCCAGCCCCAGCCGGCGGGGUCACGGAAGGGCUGGAACAACCACCUCCUGCCGGUGAGCAACCAGCCUCUGCUCCCCAACGGCGGCUCAUGUCCGCUGCAGCCCCAAAGGAUGAAUUCCCUGACCCUGUCAUUGCGUUCUUUGUCAUUUCUGUAGUUCUUAUAGAGGUAUUUACUGUCCUUAUAUAUUAGUGUUCUAUAAAUAAAAGAUAAACUAAGUUCCAAACAA